AUGUUCGGCCGUCUUACCCACUACGCAUUUGAUGCGCAGGCGUCAAGCGCUCUACAGGCCUCACGUAAAUACACCCUACCCCUCACGAUUCUCUUCUUCCAAGCUAUCACUUAUUCAGCUUGUUGCUCGUCAUGGGUGCUCUCGAUAUGCAUGGUAGAACUGUUGGCUAACUCUGUUACUCCCGCGCACCCCGCUCGUUGGGUCGUGUGUGCGUGGGACCUUGAUAGCCCCAGCCUCAAUUCAGACAAGAUCACAGAUAACAAAGACAUCAAGAAAUGGGUUGACAGUUACCUUGGUGUUGGCGAAUGGAUGAUGGACCAGUCAGUGGCCGUCAUGGGCUCGUCUUCCUGGUUCGAACGACGCCGGUGA